GUGUGUGGUAGGAGCAGAGUUAGUUGAUGUCCCUGGGCUGUGGGGUGUCCGCGCAGCUGUACAGAGGGGAGAGCGCAGCAGCCCCACGCAACAGACUUGCUGCUCAGCGCUUCUGGUUACUUUUGUUUUGUUGCUGCUGCUGUGACCUAAGUCUGUUUUUCCUGCACGUUUGGCUGCUUCCUUUCCUCGGCUCUGAGCGCUGCCACUGCUUCUGUUUUUUGUCUCUUUGCUUUGUAUGUCCUGUUUUAGCCAGUGCACAUUAUACAUGUACACACAAGGGAGCAGAGUGAGUUAGAGGUGCUUUUAUCUGCGACCUUUUGCAGCACUUUCUGAGAAGCAGGGGGGAAAUACUUUCUAUAAAUAAUACAGUGACAGAUUCUCCCCUAGCCCUUGGUAACUGACUGGUCCUAGUAUUGUAUAGUAACCCGGGAGGUGCUGUAAUUAGUUGGAGCUGGUGAGGGGAAGAUGUGGUGAAGCACUGCUGAGAAGUUGAUUUCAUGAGCAUCUUAUCUUGAGUCUGGUUCAUGUGAUAAAGAAAGUUAGGCUGACGACUUGCUCUGUCCUGUUUGACUUCUUUGAUUUUGAUGAUUGAUUACCACAUCCCAUUUUAGAUCUCCACAUGGUAAUUCAUGACCUAAGACCAUUGCUUUUUCUGGCUGAUAGGAGACCACAGUCUUUCCUCCCACCCCUUGAAUGUGUGUGUAUGCAGAGAUGCAUUUGACAUUCACAGAUGUCAGCACAGUGAACACAGCACAAGUGUGUCCAGCUUAGGUUGCAGGACUAUUUUGUCAGCCUUUCAAAACAUCAGAACUGAACUUAAGAGCUUUUUACAACAAAUGUAUUAGACAUAUAUUUGACAAUUUCACAAGAAUAUUACAAAGUAGACUAUAAAAGGUUUUGGAAUGGGGCAGAGGGGAGAUAGGAUACUUCCCAGGUCAGAAAAGUCUGCUUUUUUUCCACCGAUCUAACAGACCUGGAGCCAGCAAGACUCAGAGGAAAGGACUUAAUCAGGUUUAUGUGUACUAAAGGUUAUGAAGACAAUAUGGAGUUUCCUGAUCAUAGUAGACAUUUGCUACAGUGUCUGAGUGAGCAGAGACAUCAGGGUUUUCUUUGUGACUGCACAGUCCUAGUAGGAGAUGCCCAGUUCCGAGCUCAUAGAGCUGUACUGGCUUCAUGCAGCAUGUAUUUCCACCUCUUUUACAAGGACCAGCUGGACAAAAGGGACAUUGUUCAUUUGAACAGCGACAUUGUUACAGCCCCAGCUUUCGCUCUCCUGCUUGAAUUCAUGUAUGAAGGGAAACUCCAGUUCAAAGACUUGCCCAUUGAAGACGUGCUAGCAGCUGCCAGUUAUCUCCACAUGUAUGACAUUGUCAAAGUCUGCAAAAAGAAGCUGAAAGAGAAAGCCACCACGGAAGCAGACAGUACAAAGAAGGAAGAAGAUGCCUCAAGUUGUUCGGACAAAGUGGAGAGUCUCUCCGAUGGCAGCAGCCACAUAGCAGGGGAUUUACCCAGUGAUGAAGAUGAAGGAGAAGAUGAAAAAUUGAACAUCCUGCCUAGCAAAAGGGACUUGGCGGCUGAGCCUGGGAACAUGUGGAUGAGAUUGCCCUCAGACUCAGCAGGCAUUCCCCAGACUGGCGGAGAGGCAGAGACACACGCAACAGCAGCUGGAAAAACAGUAGCCAGCCCCUGCAGCUCAACAGAGUCUUUGUCCCAGAGGUCUGUCACCUCCAUGAGGGAUUCAGCAGAUGUUGACUGUGUGCUGGACCUGUCUGUCAAGUCCAGCCUUUCGGGAGUAGAAAAUCUGAACAGUUCUUAUUUCUCUUCACAGGACAUGCUUAGAAACAACUUGGUUCAGGUGAAGGUGGAGAAAGAGGCUUCCUGUGAUGAAAGUGAUGUUGGCACUAAUGACUAUGACAUGGAACAUAGUACUGUGAAAGAAAGUGUGAGCACUAAUAACAGGGUACAUUAUGAGCCAGCCCACCUGGCUCCAAUGAGGGAAGAUUCUGUUUUAAGGGAGCUAGAUAGAGAGGACAAAGCAAGCGAUGAUGAAAUGAUAACUCCUGAGAAUGAGAGAGUCCAGGUGGAAGGAAACAUGGACAGCAGUUUGCUCCCUUAUGUGUCAAAUAUACUUAGCCCUGCUGGCCAAAUUUUUAUGUGUCCUCUCUGCAACAAAGUCUUUCCUAGUCCCCACAUUCUGCAGAUCCAUUUAAGCACGCACUUUCGAGAGCAGGAUGGGAUCCGCAGCAAGCCUGCUACUGAUGUCAAUGUCCCGACCUGUUCCUUGUGUGGUAAGACUUUUUCUUGCAUGUACACCUUGAAACGUCAUGAGAGGACUCAUUCAGGUGAAAAGCCCUACACUUGCACCCAGUGUGGGAAGAGCUUCCAGUAUUCCCACAACCUGAGCCGCCAUGCUGUGGUUCACACCCGGGAGAAGCCACAUGCUUGUAAGUGGUGUGAACGCAGGUUCACGCAGUCUGGAGACCUUUACAGACACAUUCGGAAGUUUCACUGUGAGUUGGUGAAUUCGUUGUCUGUCAAAAGUGAAGCACUGAGCUUACCUACUGUCAGAGACUGGACCUUAGAAGAUAGCUCACAAGAACUUUGGAAAUAAUUUUUAUAUAUAUAAAUAAUAUAUAUAUAUAAAUAUCUAUAUAGUUGUGGUACAGUCUAAAAGCAAUCUUGUUUCCUUGAUCUGAAAGUUUGGCUAUUAGCUUGUUUUUGCACUUUAAGGCAGCAUGAACAUUUCACUAAUUUAGCACUCUGAGAAAAUGAACUUUAGAAAUAAUAUGACAAAAUAAUAAACUACAGAGGAUUUUUCCCCCCCUCUUUUUGGAAUAUAAGCCAGUAAAUAUUUUGCUGUUAAGGGAAAUCUCAAAUUGUAAAAAGAUUUUUAUAUUGCUUUAUUCUCUUUCACCCCUCAAACACUGCAUUAUUUUAAAACCCAAAUGUUUUUCAUUAUUUUUAAAAUAUGAAUGUAGAAAUCCCCUUCAGUUUUAUUAGUUCCUUUACAUUUCUAAAAUUGUAUGAGUUCUUUCUAGCUGUUGGAAACCUGAAUGCUUUUAGACCCAAAUGGAAAAUUUCUGAAAUGCUGGAUUAUCUAUUUUUAAACAAGCAGUUGACUUAAAACUUAUUAUGGCAACUUCUGGAUUUCUGACAGUUCCCACUGGAAAAAAUAAUUCUGAAAGUACACUGGGAUCACUGGGAGUCUGUGCAGUCUGUGAAGGUUUGCUUGGGAUGAAAAAGGAUAUUGCAGCUUCAGCAGUGAUGAACUGUGUGUUUAAAAAUGUGAAUUACCGUUAUUGUAUACUGUAAUUGAUUACAUGGGCGGGGGGGUGGUCAAAGAACUUGGCAGGUUGUGUUGAUGCUCUUAGUUGAGUUUUGAAAAGUAAAUAUUAACGCUACAGAAAUGCAUGAGUUUCAGUAUAUUUUUGUCUUUGUUUGCAUUGUAUAACUUUAAUGAGUGAGUUUAAAAUUAUUUAAUUUCCUUAGGAAAAAACACCACUGAAAAAACUGGUGUUGUGAAGAACAUAAAUGCACUGUUUUUAUUUUAUAUAAUUUAAAUUUACUUUCCCACUGUCUUUAAGUUGAAUAAAACUUAAGCUACAAGUUGAUAAUUUAGCAACAUAAGAAGGAAGAUAUUAAUGUUUACAAACAGGCUUAAAGAUUUGCAUGUGCUGUGUGCAUUUAUUAAAAGAAAACCUAAUUGCACAAAAUCCAUGCCAGCUCAAACUUUAGAUGCAUACAUUUACCCAGAUGAGCAUUUUUAGAAUUCCUGCUGCACAAAUUAACAAUAGGUCAUUAUUAUUCCCUUCUCUCCCCCCCACCCCCGCCCGAAAAGAUUCUAGAGACUGAAAAAGCCCCAGGCUGAAAGGACUAGAAUGCUUUGAUUGACAUGGGGAAAGGGGGGGAGGAGCAGGGUGGUUAGUGGACUAUGUGUAUCCAAGCAGCAGAGACUGCAGCCUGAUGUGUGGUUUUAAUGACCAACAUACAGGUCAAAAGCAUUUUGCACAGUGUUUGUUUUCCUGUCUUGCACUUACAAAUAAGGUCUAUGGGAGUAGCAUGGAAAACGUUUGCUGUUUUUCCUUCUUUUUCUGCUUUUGUUUAAAAUUUGAUCGCCUUAACUACUGUAAACAUAGCCUAUUUUUGUGCUUAAGAUACUGAAUGGAAAACUCCAUUGUGUAUUGCUGGACUGUUUUGGAAAUAUUUGGUCAAAUGUGUGUUAAGUUGGCUGUACCCUGUAAUGGCAUUUAAAACAAAACAAAAAAAAGCUGUGAAAAUGGCCUUGGAGCAUUAUCUUUAGUUACUUGAAUAGUUUCUAGGUUUUAAAAAUACAUUAUUUUAUUAAUUUAGAAAAGACAAUCAGUGUCUGAGAAAAAUGGACUUUCUCUUGGAUUUUUUUUGUGGUCCUCAUGAGUGAUUGCUUAUUUUCUUUUAUUAGUUUCACAUUCUUCUUUUGUUCUAAAACUUAGACUGACAUCUAGCUUUGACAAUCAUAGUAUGUUUUAUUUUCCUGAAGGGGGAAUAACUUAUAAUGCUGUUUAGUUUUGUACUAUUGGUGUGUUGGUGAAUUUUUAAACUGUGUGCUAACUGCAAUAAAUUAUAUGAACUGAGAAA